CUUUUCUCCCUCUCCUCGCUUUGAAUGUGCUUGUCAGUCACAGCUGGCUAGUUGGCUGUCCUCGAGUUAAGCAACAUCGGUGUGUAAACUGGGAAAGAGCAAGUUGCUGCAGGGAUUUCUCGGAGCCGAGCCGAGCGUCAGUAAAGAUCCAAAAUGCUGAAAAGAGGAUGAAUCCUUCAGGUCAUCGAAGACAUCGACGUGUCUUUGUUGCUGCCUGUCCCCGGCGGCCUCAUCUGCCUCCCCAAAGUUAACAUCUCCCCCCCUCCUCCCCUGCAAGUGGUCAUCCAAGAGGGUAGGAAAGGCAAUCCAGCCCCCUGUAAAUAUGCCUGGAUGGAGGUCUCAGUGGCGUCUGGUCCUGCUGAACUCCCUUACCUGUGGCCUGGAGAUCUGUGUGGCAGCAGGAAUCACAUAUGUGCCACCACUGCUGCUGGAGGCCGGUGUGGAGGAGCGUUACAUGACGAUGGUUUUAGGUAUUGGCCCAGUGCUUGGCCUCCUGUUCACCCCUUUGAUUGGCUCAGCCAGUGACAACUGCAACAGCAGUUACGGAAGAAGGAAGCCCUUCAUCUGGCUGCUGUCUCUGGGAGUCCUUUUGUCCCUUUUUAUCAUUCCCCAUGCUGACAUCCUGGCUGCACACCUUGCCUGGGGAGGACACACCUUCCAGGUUGCUUUCCUCAUCCUUGGAAUUGGCCUUCUUGACUUUUGUGGACAAGUUUGCUUCACACCAUUGGAGGCGCUCCUAUCAGACCUGUAUCGAGACGGGGAGGACUGUAACCAAGCCUUUGCGAUGUUCUCCUUCAUGGUUAGCUUGGGCGGCUGUGUGGGAUAUUUGCUUCCUGCACUGGACUGGAGCCACAGCCUGCUUUCCGUUUACCUUGGAGGCCAGGACCAGUGCCUCUUCUUUCUCCUCAUCCUGAUCUUCAUUCCCAGCCUACUCAUCACUAUGAAGGUUUCCGAAGAACCGUCCGGUGCCAUCAAGGGCUCGCCUGGGGCCUCAUCUUUGCUGGAACCAGCGGCCGGUGCAUUGGAAGCUGGCCGGUGUGGUGCGCCUUGCUCAUUCUGCUACCUGCUUAAGUGCAAACUAAGGCUGCUCAAGUCUGGACCUCUGCUCUGCUUGCUGAGAACAUGCUGGUCCAUGACCCCCGCCAUUUACAGGAGCUACUGCCAUGUCCCAAGAGUGAUGUGGCAGCUGUGCGUGGCUCAGCUCUGCAGCUGGAUGGCCGUCAUGUCCUUCAUGCUCUUCUUCACAGUCUUUGUGGGCGAAGGCCUGUACGGUGGAGUUCCCAGUGCAGCACCAGGAAGUGUGCCCAGACAAAGAUACGAUGAAGGUAUCCGCAUGGGAAGUUUGGGUUUGGUUCUGCAGUGUGUUACCUCAACCUUCUUCUCAAUGAUCAUGAGUCGAAUGGUUCGCUGCUUUGGGUCCCGCUGGGUUUACCUGAGCAGCAUGGUGAGCUUCACCGUGUCUGCUUUGGUCAUCUGCAUGUCCAAAAGUGUGGUCCUUGUCACAACCAUGGCCGGCCUCACUGGCUACGCAUACGCCGCGUUGCAGACACUGCCCUACACACUCACUUGCCACUACCACCAGGAGAAGAAGGUGUAUAUGCCAAAAAGGAAAACCAAAAACAGCCGCAAAAAUGGUUUUACAACUAAUCGAGACUAUUUGACUCCAGUGGAAGAGAAGAGUAUAUUAAAUAACACGGCUGGCCCCUCCUUUGGAAAUGCCUUCCUCAGCCUGGACAUUUACUCCUCUGCUCCCUUCAACCAGAACGGCUCAGCUCAGAGCUCCGCUGGCCCCGAGCCAGAGGAGCUGGAGUCAGGGUACGAAGACCGCGGCGUGGGCCUGGACUUUGCCAUCUUAGACAGCACCUUCCUCCUCUCUCAGGUUAUCCCCACCCUGCUCAUGGGCACCAUUGCUCAGUUCGCACAAUCAGUCACCACCUAUAUUGCCUGCUCCGUAGUCUUAGGCAUUGUCGCCAUCUAUUUGGCCAAUCAUAUUGUCUUUGAUCAAAAGGAUCUCGAAGGCUGAGACUCAGAUGGGAAACCUCUGAGAAAGAUUGUGGAAGAAUGCCGCGGGGGCUAGGGCGGUGUUUAGCAAUGCACUAUCGCGUAGUGUCCCAGGAGGCCUUGCUCUUAAUUUUGUGCAUUUGCACCUUACCAAAAGUGUGCCAUGAUGAGGCAGUGUAGAAAGAGCGAAUACGGUUAUGUCAUCAGGGACGUGCCCGCUAGCUUGAAUAGCCAAACAUUUUGCCUAGAGUUUUCCUUUUGCCCCACCAGACUUAUUUACACUUUAUUCUAUUCUCGGGUAUAUACAGGGUAUGAAAAUAAAAGGUUGUCCGGUACUACAACACAAGGUUGACACCAAGCGUGAAAAUGGUUGCCUUGUUUCUUCACUCAGCAGACGUGCGCGUGAUCUUGUACUUCACAAAGCCUUGUGCGAAGAAGCUAAACGGUGAUUGGAGAAACGACCAUUCUGUCACAUCCAUUGAGGGCCAAUUCAAUCAACAAGUACGGGAACGCUUCCGACGUACGACAUACCACUCGCGAAAAUCAACCUCUCUUUGUCUCCUCAAAGGCCUGUGGAGCAGUCGGAUCGUUUUUGGCUCAUCGAAUGCAUUUCACUGGCAUGAUGAUAUUUGGGAGAUUUUAGACCUGCGUUUUUUUUUUUUACAUUACUGCUGUCUGACCUGGAACCAAUGCAUAUAUAAUGUACUGUACUGUAUCCCUCCAUUGAUUUUUGUAGCUCUGGUUUAGUGUUAACUAUGAACGGUCAACACAACCCUUUCUCAGAAAUGAAAUUUGUUGCACACUCCGGCUAUCAAAUGUGUCUACAGCCGACUGUGUUUUGCGUUUUAAGUGAAAUGAUGAGAGGUCGCCCCUCCCAACUGUCUCUUUGAAAUAAUAGCGAAGAGAGCUCGAGAGUAGGUUAAACCGCAUCCCUAUAGGAGCGUAUCAUCAGUCUUGGUUCAAGAGGUGGUUUAUUAGAACUGGGCGAUGGAUGUCCCCGAGAGUGCUAAAGCGGACUGCUCUAUCUCUGAUCGAGAUAAACGUUUCAGGUUAGCACUUUAUCGUAGUGCCCUCUUCUUUUCAAUGCAAAUGAUGUUCGCUGCUCCACCUUCAUGUUUCCACAUUCAGUAAGUAUGCCCCUUGACAAUCCCACAAUGACAUUCACAUCUUUCGCCCAUUCCCAAAAUGUGGUUACUCGAGAUGCCAGUAGGCACUGUGAAAGUGUGUGCGCGUUGUGUUUGUUUAUGCGUCUAUGUCAGGGGUGCCCAUUAGGUCGAUCCUGAUCUACCGCUAGAUCUAAGACGGGUCCCAAGUCGAUCCGAGGAGUGUUGAGGAGAAAAAAAACAAACAACCAUUUGUGCGUCUUUGUACAUGUUUGUAAUAUUUUUUUGUGUGUGUAUGUAUACUGCACCCUAAUCAUCUUAUCAGUCUAAUUUUCACCCAAAAAAUAUUGAAAAAAUAAAAUAAAGCAGGUAAAUCUUGAAUUUACGGUGGCGCGUGAUUACGUCACCGGAAGUCUGCAAUUGCAAUUCGUGAUCAGAAAUGUUGCGCUCUGUCUUUUAUCGUCAUUGUUCUCAUUCAGAGUUUGCUUCGUGUACAAUUCACCGAGGGCACGAGCAAAGAAUAGGAAUCCAGGAGGGCCCAGGGACGCACUUUAAAACGGUACGUGUGAGCUACCAUAGUUAACAGGCUGCAAAAGUGCGUCGCAUGCCUCAGUUUCAGGCUGUUUCUCUUUCAUGGCGUGCGUGUGCGUGCACGCGUGUGUGCCUGCGCGCGCAUGUGCCGGUAAUAGUAGAUCCCGGGAGGUUACUUGAUCGAAAAGUAUAUCUUCGAUCCAAAAAGUUUGGGCACCCCUGGACUCUAUGUACCGUAGUCAUGCUCAAUUGUCCAUUUAGUGUCAGCACCAGGCUGUCUUUUCAUUGCACUGUGUUUAUUCUACUUAAGCAGGUUCAUCGAGUUUUAAACACAUGAAUAGUUUUGUCCCAGAACUCAAAGCAAAACUAGUAUUGAGCAGUAGCACAAUAGUUUAAAAAAGUGCCUAUUUUUCUGCCUUUUGUAUUUAUUUAUAAUACUUUUAUUUGGGGGGGAAUCGUUUUUAAAAUAUUGGCCUACAGCAUCUGCUGUUGGUGCAAAGAUGAGGGCUAUAUCUGUGAAAAACAUAAAUUAUUUGUAUAGUGAUAUGCAACCAUUCUUAGUCCUAACUUAUUUUAUCAUGAAAACUGUGCCGUCUACCAUCGGAUGUUUUCUUUCACUCUUAUUUGCCAUGCUGUUAGAUCUUGAUUUAUUUUGUCAACACUUCUUUUAUUGCCAUUAGAAGUCUCCUGUAUUUUUGAAGUUAAAAAAUUAUAUAUAUAAAAUAUUCCCCGAUUCAUAACUUUAAAGGCUGAAGAGGUUUUUAGGCCCCUCCGCAACCAACUGUCUUUUGGGAUUUAUUUUCAAGCCAGUUUAAAGUGCCAAUUUUAGACCCUAACAUUAUGAUAAAUGUGUUUUUAUAAGCAUAUACCACAUGAUAUAACUGAUUGUUGUCAUCGGUGCAUGCAGCCAUGACAGAAAACUUUAUUGUACAUCCAUCAGAUAACCUGACUUCAUAGAUACCGACAUGUGAUCUCCAAACAGCUUUUUAUAAAGAAUAAAACAGAAAAUGGCUGACAA